GUCAUUGACAUAUAUAUGUCAAUGAUCUGUGUACUUCCGAACUCUUCUUCGACUUCUUCCAUAGACCGGAGCCCCAGAUUUUGAUAAAUAGAUUAUGCACUUUUCGCACAUUAUAGCCUUAAAUGUUUUACAGGGGCGGGAAAAUACUAUGAGGGAGUUGUCGGACAAACACUGAGUGAACGGUAACCACAAUACGAAUGUGCGCAAAUUUUUGAAAACUGUCAUCACUGUCAUAUCAUAACAUUUCGUAGAUUCGAUAAAUUUUAAAUUCAAACUGCUGUUUUCAUUCAAUAGCAACUUAAGAAAUGUAAUGUGUGUAACUUAAAAAAAUAUACUUUUUUCGUGUAAUUCCAGAAGGUUUGUAUUGUCGGUUAGAAUAAAAUUAUAUAUGUAUAUUAAAUAUUAUAAGGCCACUACUACUUGGCUGUUGCAUUAAUAUGGCCAAGCACGCGGCCAAGGCUUUAAAUUUCUAAACGAGUUAAGGUUGUCAUUAUCAUUGUCACUGUCAAGCUGCCAGCUGCUCUAGUUUUAGGUUAUAAUUUGCCAAAUACUACUAAACACAAUUCAAUUUACUGUAAUUUGUAUACUAUUCGGAUAAUAUACACUAAAUGGAAGACUCCGUGAUUGAUAAAAGACCUCAAUUUGGGAACAGGCUUCUAGAAAAUGCUAACGAUGUGUUCAAACAUAACGCGUGGUACAGUAUUUUACAUUUUUCGCAAUGUAUGUAAAAGACUCGGAUGUUCUGCCAACAACAUUGAAGAUUUAGAGAAAACAAGACACAGGAAAAAGCCUCCUGGUGGCUCUAGAUAUUUAAACAGUAAUAAAAAAGAACUUGUUUAUCUUUUCAACUCAUGGGAUAAUGUUGAAUGGGACGAAGAACAAGAAAAAGCAGCAAAAGAAAAGGUGAAGCAGAACUCCCAAGUUACAUUUGCAGACAAUGUUUUGAAGGAUUUGGACGAAAAUGCUGACAAACAUUGGGAUGCAUUUUACAGCAUACAUCAAAAUAGGUUUUUCAAAGACAGACAUUGGCUAUUCACAGAGUUUCCAGAACUUGCACCGGAUAACACAUCUGCGCCAAAGAGAGUUUUUCCCAACAAUGAAACUCCAACUACAACUGCACCUAUCCAACCUGAUGUCUCAAACCAAGUUGAAUCUCAACUAGAAUCAAAUAACUCCGGUAAACGUUACAUAUUUGAAAUAGGUUGUGGAGUUGGAAACACAAUCUUUCCUAUUCUACAAUACAGCCAGGACCUAAACCUUUUUAUUUAUGGCUGUGAUUUUUCAUCAACAGCGAUUGACAUAAUGAAGGAAAAUGAGCUGUAUGACACUAAGAGGUGUGAAGUGUUUGUUCUGGAUGCAACUGCUCCUGAGUGGAAUGUGCCAUUCAAAGAAAACUCCAUUGAUAUCAUUGUGCUUAUCUUUGUUCUGUCGGCAAUUGAGCCUGGAAAGAUGGCGUUAGUUGUGCAGCAAAUACACAAGUAUCUAAAGCCAGGUGGACUAGUCGUUUUCCGCGACUAUGGUCGCUACGACCUUGCCCAACUACGGUUUAAGAAAGGUCGCUGCAUAUCUGACAACUUCUAUGCCCGAGGGGACAAAACUAAGGUCUACUUCUUCACACAAGAAGAAAUUAAGAAUUUAUUUACAGCAGAAGGUUUCACAGAGGAACAGAAUUUAAUUGACAGGAGAUUGCAAGUUAAUAGAGGGAAGAUGUUGACUAUGUACAGAGUGUGGAUACAGGCAAAAUAUAGAAAGCCUUUAUAGCAGUAAAUACAUUUUUAUUUUUUAUUCUUAUUAUACAUGUCGCAUUUACGCAUGUCGCUCUAAUAUAGUACUUACAAUCAUGUUUAGUUUUGAUUAAAAAUCAUUAUUAGUCUGAG